AUGGUCAUCGACACUGGUGCAGUGGUGACCGUAAUGCCUGAUUCUGUGUUUUAUGAAAAAUUUCAGGAUAAUUUGCCAAUAUUGGAAUCUUCUGGUAUUAAAUUAAAAACCUAUACUGGUGAAAAAAUCAACUUUGUUGGUGAGUUUAAGGUUAACGUCACAACUCAACAAGGAGAUCUACAGCUACCUGUGGUCGUUGUGAAAAAUACGGGACCGCAACAGCCUACGCUCAUGGGGCGUAAUUGGAUUGAGAAGAUCAAAUUGGACUGGAGUGGUGUGAAGCCUACACGCAGUGAAGACUUGACGGUGCACCAGCUUGGAAAUGAUGGUAGGGAGCGCCCAAUCGCUUUUGCGAGUCGCACUCUGACUAAGUGCGAGAUCAAGUACAGCCAAAUUGAGAAAGAGGCGCUCGCACUUUUAUUUGCUGUGAAGAAAUUUCAUAAUUUUUUGUAUGGACGCAGAUUCACCUUAGUGGCCGACCAUCGACCACUAAUCUUUCUUUUGGGUCCAACCAAAGCAGUACCAACCUUAGCUGCGGCCAGAGUUCAAAGGUGGGCCUUAACGCUCUCUGCGUAUGACUACACCAUCCGUUACAAAAGGGGAGUUGAAAUAUCCAAUGCUGAUUGCCUCUCACGCCUUCCGUGUGACAGCAGCACUAACAAUGACUUAGGCCUAGAGGAAGGUGAAGUAAAUUUUUUCAGCAAUGUAGACCAGCUGCCUGUGACUCAUAGGGAGAUCGGAUUGGCUACCAAGUUCGACCCAACACUAUCAAGAGUCAUGGAAUACACAACUAAUGGAUGGCCUCAUCAUACUGAAGAUCCGGCUCUGAAACCUUACAUGGACAAAACCUUACAACUGUCUACUGAGAAAGACUGCCUUUUAUGGGGGAGUAGGGUGGUGAUUCCACCAACACAUCGGAAGGAGGUUCUUUUAAUGCUUCAUGCUGAACACCCGGGAGAAUCCAAGAUGAAGGCACUUGCAAGAAGCUACGUCUGGUGGCCAAAAAUCGACCAGGAAAUAGAGGAAAUGGUGAAAGAAUGUAAGAUUUGCCAAGUUACAAGAAAGUCAGCAACCGUAGCACCACUUCAACCGUGGUCCUGGCCGAAGCAUAAUUGGCAGAGGAUUCACCUUGACUUUGCUCAGUAUGAAGGCAAAGAUUUUUUGUUGAUAGUAGACAGUCACUCAAAAUGGAUCGAGGUAUUCUUUAUGUCAUCGACAACCUCUAACAAGACAAUCGAAAAACUACGUCAUUGUUUCGCAGCCUAUGGUUUACCUUGUACCGUAGUCACCGACGGAGGCCCUCAGUUCACAUCAGCUGAGUUCAAGGAGUUUUUGAGGUCAAAUGGGGUACACCAUGUGUUUUCGCCUCCGUACCAUCCACCAUCGAACGGAUUGGCGGAAAGAGCUGUCCAGACGGUCAAAGAUGCUUUUUUGAAACAAAUGCUUCACGACUCGGCCCAUAAGACAAAUCGAACCUUGCAACAUCGCAUAGAUUCAUUCCUGUUUUCUUAUCGGAACACUCCACAUUCUACAACUGGAGUCACACCAUCCGAAGCCUUUUUCAAAUUUAAGCCAAGGACACAUCUCAGCCUUUUAAAACCGCAUCUGGCUAACGACAUGAACUUAAAGCAAGAUAAAAUUGUAAGAUCUGCUAAUGCUCAUAGAGGCAAACCACGCUCAUUCAAUGUUGACGAUCAUGUGUUCGUUCGAACCGUCCGAAAUGAAAAUGUAAAUUGGCACUCUGGUGUGAUUACUAAAGUCAUUAGCCCAAUGACAUAUUUGGUUAGAGUUGAUGGUAAAACCAGAUUUGUUCAUGUUGACCACCUGCGUACGGACGACACCAAAGAAGAACAACCAGAUGAUGACGACAUACUUGUACGUUUUCCAAGGGAAAUCUUUCAACCGAGUCCAGACAGAAAAAAACCAUCAGAAAUAGAAACACCACAAAUGAAACAUAAAUCACCAGUCAACACUCCAGUUACGUCUCCCAAGGAAACAAACGUAAACCCGGACAAGACUUAUGACACUGAGGCUGUGCGUCGAUCGCAGAGGGUUCGACGCUUACCUCACAGAUUUAACUUGUAA